UCGAAACGGUGACAGAGGAACGGCGAAAGUUUUCUAUGACGAUGAGAAGUGAAUUUUUGGAUUUUUCGCGUGACAAGUUCGUUGUGAAAAAAACUAAAAAGAACAAUUUAUUAUUUAGAACAUUUGCAAGCAAUACAAAAUUUGUUGUGCUACUCUGUCGGCUCGGUGUCGGUGCAAAUUGGGUGUGAAAUAAAGUAAAAAAUCAAUUGCCUCAAAGCCUCUCGACCAAUUUCAAUUUUAUUCUCUGCGUGUGCAAAAAAAAAAAAAACUACGAAAAAACGAAGACGAAAAAAGUCAGCAGCGGGGAAGAAAAAGAAUAGAAAGGAAAGCGAAAAUAGCCACAGAAAAAGAAACAAAAUUAAGUCAUUCAUACCACCAGGCCACGGAAAAUUAAACGACGACGACGACAACGGUCGCGUAGAAGUUGAAGAAAAUGUACAGGAACAGGGGAGGAGGAGCAGCCGCAGCAGCAGUAGUAUAAAUAAAUAGCGAAACAGCGAAAAGAAGUGUGUUGCAGCUUUGAUUGCCUGCCUUUGAUUGUUCGCAUCGCAUUGUAAUCAAGUUUCAUGCAAUAAGAAUAUCAAAGUGAAAAUCAAAUUUUCCAAAUCGAAAAGCCUCCUCGACUGGGUGGCAACACGACUGCCACUGUGUGCGUGUGUAUAUGCUGUGUGUGUGUGUGUGUAUGUGUGUGUGAGUGUGCCGCGUUUGACUGUGUGUGUGUGUGAGUGUUGCGAGUAAGUGUUGAGGCGUUCCGUUUGUUCGAAAGAGGAGGAAAAAAUAUAUUUAAAAGCAAACCGACUGUGUCUUUGUGUGGAAUUUCCGGAUAAUUUCAACAUACGUUACCAUGGAAUAUUACCUAGGAGGAUAUGUCUAUAUGAAUGCAGAUGCAGUCAAGAUCCAGCCGCCGGUCUACGCCAAUGUUCCUGUCGAAACGGCAAUGUUAGCUACCAACUUAUUCGGCACCACAACACAGAUCGCAGCCCCAAACGCAGCAGCCCACAUACCAUUGAUCACAGCCGCCCCAGCAGCCGCUGCCCCCGCUACAGUCGCAGCCGUGGCAGCGCCACAGACCGCUCCGCUUUCACAUCAGCAUCCACAGCAGGUGCAGGUUCAGGUGCAGCAGCCUCAUCCACACCAGCAGCAGAUUAUUGCUCAUACACACACCCACCAACAACACCAGCAGCAGCAGCAACAACAGCAGCAACAGUCUCCUCAGACCAUUCAGGCUCAUCCCGCACAGCAUUUGCAAUACGGACAUCCGCCUCCGCCGCCACAGGCACAAGGCGUGGCUAACUCCGGAGUGGUUGUAGGAGGAGGCGCUGCCGUUGCUGGUGCCGCUGCUGAGAGCAUCGAUAAUCCAGAAUUCGCCAUCAUGAAUGGGGCAAUUGGCCAGACCCAAGAUGGCACCGUCGUCUGCUACACAACCGAUGCCCUGGUACCUGGUGUUAAUAAUACGAAUUUAGUUGCAAUUGAGCCGCAACCCCAACACAUUGUAGUGCCGGUUCAGGUUCCUGUUCCCGUUCAGCUACCGGUCCCAGUGCCUGCCAAUGGACCGCUGCCCACCCAGAACCCAGAGCUGCAGCAGCAGCUACAGCCACAGCAGGGUAACAACCCCAAUGUCCCAGCUGGAGACGAUCCGAAUCUACCGAUGGACAAGCUUAAGCAAAUGCUGGCUACUCAGCUUGAGUACUACUUUUCAAGAGAGAAUCUGGCGAAUGAUACUUACCUGCUGUCGCAGAUGGAUAGCGACCAAUAUGUGCCCAUAUGGACUGUGGCCAGAUUUAAUCUUGUUAGGAAACUAAGCAAGGACAUCAAACUUAUUACUGAGGUGCUGCGUGAGUCGCCCAACGUUCAGGUGGAUGACGAGGGCCUGCGCGUGCGUCCCAAUCGCAAGCGUUGCAUCAUCAUACUACGCGAGAUAUCCAACAACACUCCCCUCGAUGACGUCAAGGCUCUUUUCAGCAAUGAGAACUGCCCGAGGCCAAUAUCCUGCGAAUUUGCUGCCAACAAUUCGUGGUACAUCACAUUUGAGUCGGACGAGGAUGCGCAAAAGGCCUUCAAGUAUCUGCGCGAGGAGAUCAAGGAGUUUCAGGGCAAGCCCAUUAUGGCCCGCAUCAAGCCCAAAUCGUUUAUCAAUAGAAUACAAGCUGUACCAAAUAUUAAGAACGGCUACCGUCUCACAUCGCCACCGACUGCCGCAGUGUAUGAUCCUUCCGGGGCUGGGGCUGCCGCUGUCAGCUAUGCGUCCGCCCCACAGCGAUACUUGUAUACCACCAAUGGGGCAGUCCUUGGCCCCGCCUCUGUUCCCUACAAUAAUCCGGUAGUGAUUCCGAUUCAACAGAAUCAAUUCUAUCCCGGUUUGAUGGCUGGUCCAUGGCCACCCGGCACUGUGACCACUGCCGGGCAUGGCCAGAACUUCUAUGAGAUUGGUGGCAAUAUCUAUGCCGCCAAUGCAUUGGCUCCGCAGGCUGUAGCCAGCUUUGCCGCCGCACCUCCACCCACCGCACAAACGAUUGUCACAUCCAAACCGCAGGGUGGUGGUGGCGGCCGCUACAACAAUAGUCACCGCGGCAAUCCCAACAAUAUGGGAGGUGGCGGCAACUCGGGACCACGCGGCGAGCCCCGGAGCAAACCCCCGCGCAAUACACAGACUCCAUCCCAUAUCCAGAGCGGGAGUAUUGUGCCCAUCCAGCUAGCGGGGGGUAUUCCUGGUGGCAUGGUGAGCGUGGUGCCGGCAAAUAUUGUGGAUCCACUGCAUCAGGCUUCGCUGCAGCAGGCCCAGCAACAGCCGGUUCACCAGCAACUACAGCAGCAGCAGGUGCAGCAACCGACCAGCUCCGCCCAUGUCCAAGUCCAACAGCAGCAGCAGGCAACGGGGCAGGUGAACAAUUCCAAUCGCCACUAUAAUACCAUCAAGAGUAAUAAUUGGAAGGGUGGCAUGCAGAAGAACCUGGACAAGAGCUAUGGAGGUGCAGUGGCCACCCACCACCACUACAGCACCCAGGCCCAGGGUCUGACCACACAUGGCCACCAUCUUCAGGCCCAGCAGCAGCAGCAGCAACAGCAACAACAACAGGGACAGGGACAAUCACAGCAGCAGCACUAUCAUUUGGCUUCCUCUAGCGGCGCGAGCACACCGCAGGUAUCUUAUGCCAGUCCUCAGGCUACGGCUACCUUGACGCUGGCCCCGCAGCCCAGUCAGCACCAACAUCAUCUGGUGGCCCACCAUGCCUCCCAGCAGCAACAGACGCAGCAGCAGCAGCCGCAGCAUCAGCAAGUUGAGAUGCAGGAGGCGGUGGAGAAUGUGGACCAUGGUUCGCAUGCUAUGCAACAAGUCAAUCGCAGCAGUAAUAUGUCGGCCAGCUCAUCCUCGUCGAUGGCCACAUCAAUCAGCAAGGAGCCGCUGCAAUGGCAGACGCGUCCACGUCGUCGUCGUCGCGAUGAGGAGGGCGGCACUAUUAAUUAUUCUCCAAGCGGUCGAGUGGGGCUCUUUGGCACCUCUCCGUCUGCGCCGCAUCAGCAGCAGCAACAGCAGAUGAUUUCAUCGUCCUCGUCUUCCGCCAGCAAUGUGCAGUCAGGCAACGGUGGUCCCUCCCAUCGCGGCGGUGAUCGGGAGAGCCAUUACAAUAUUCACGAUGUACCACCACCACCGCCCCAGCACCGGGGCAACUACAAGGGCAACAACUAUAAUCCUAACUAUCACGCCCAGCACUCGUCCAUGUCGAACAGCUCGCAUCACCAUCACCACAACGCCCUGUCCUCGCAGCACCACCUGGCAGCGGGACAGCAGCAGGGAUCGAGUCACCACUAUCACCACCAUCAUCACCACAAUUCCAUCGGAAGCAAUGUAGGGAACAGCGGAGGAGUGGGCGUCAGCAGUGGAGCUGCAGCCGGAGGCGGUGGAUCUGGCAACAACAGCGUUUCGGGUGGAAACGGCAAUGCCUCCAAUGAGCGUGGCAUGCAUCACGUUACCCUGGGCUACCAGGGACACCAGCAUCAGCAGCAACAACAGCAGCAGCAGCAACAACAGCAGCCGGCAGUGCCAGUGCAACCGCCGCAGUUUGAUCUAGAGGCAACCGCCUUCCCACCACUGCCAGCCUCGUCAGCAUCGGUAAGCACGCCACACACUCCUCAGGCCAAUAGCGCGUCCGUGCACAACUCCAACUCGUCCUCCUCUGCGCCUGCCUUAACACAGAAACAAACUCUUCAUCAGCAGCAGCAGCUGAGCGGCAGCGUGGAGACCAGCGAUGAGCAGCGUUCAAGCAAUUAUCAGCAGGGCGAAGGUAUUGCUCAUCUGGCCAACAGUGCUGCUGUCUCUGUAGCUGCCAACAACUGGUCCGAGAACCGUCUCUCGGACGUGGUCCGUACUGGCGGGGGUGGUGGCGGAGGGGGAGCCAAGGGCAAGGCUCGCAAGGAGACUGUCCAAAGCAAACACCAUCCGAAUCAGACCCAGCUGCAGCAGCAGCAGCAACAACCACAGCCACAGCCGCAUUUGCCCCCCAACUUCCAGCAGCAUCAGCGAAAUGUGCCGGUCAGUCCCACGCCCGCCGUGGAGUACGCGCCCCUCGAGGGCAACAAUACUAAAAACGUUACGAAGCAGAGCUCCAGUAACAGUUCGACCCAUGUGAUAAAGUGUCUAACACCAAAUAUCAAUGCCAGCAGCAAGGAUGAGGCAGCCGCAGCCGGAGUCGGGGUAGGAGCCGGAGCCGGACCUGGUUCUGCCCAGCAGCUGGAUAAAUCAAACAAGACUGAGGAUGAAAUGCAUCCAAAGCAGCCGCUGCUGCAGCAGCAUCCGCCGCAACGUCUGGCCGAAGCCUACGUCCAGACUAUGCAACAGCAGCAGCAUCAGCUGCCACCGCUGGCUGCCCUAAACGAUUAUGCAAGGGGCGCGGGGGCAAUCACUGCCGUGCCCGCGGGCGCUGGCGCCUGCAGUGUGGCGACAGUUGCGACCGGUUUAACCGCCAGCCUGGCCGAGUGCAGCCUCAGCCAGCAUAAGAAACCGCCCUCCGUUGCCGCCCUGCACGCCAAGAAGGAGGCAAGCCUGACCAAGGAUCCAGCCAGCAAGAAGAGCGUUGCCACCUCCACAUCGAACGAGAACAUUGCCGCCGCCACGGCGAGCAAGCUGAGCUACGCCCAGGUAGCCCAGCACCACAAGGCCUCCACGGACAGCAAGGAUGGAAGUGCCUCCACCGGCACCCUUUCGCCCACUGGCAGCCACAAGAUGGAUCUAGUCUUUGGUGAUCCCACCACAAUCGCUGCCGCUGUGGAGAAGAGUGUGGUCGCCACCGAGAAGCGUAUAGCAGGAGGAGCCUCCCCGGCCGUCAAUGCUUUGCUGUCUGCCAAAGCUGCCAGCGGUACACAGACAAUGAAUUCAGCUCAAGGCAGCAAUGCCGUCGGUGCCAAGGAGAAAGAUGUCCGCUCCCAUGCCUCGCCCAUGGCCGGUGGUGGGCGCCACCAGAGCAAGGAGAAGCACCAACACCAACAACAGCAACAUCAUCAGCAACAUUACGGCUCAGGGACAGAGCACAAUACCAAUGCCAAUGUAGGCUCGGGGACUGGCGGCAACCGCAAGUCCAGGGCCCACAACAACUCUUAGGGGAAGGGAAAGUCGUUGCCAAAAGCGAGGCAACUGUAAGAGACCUUUUGCAGGAUGCCUCUGAUAAUGCAUCUGCCUGUAAAUAUAUGAAAUUCCAUGUGUAAAUACCAGAACAAUUUUUGUUACAUCUAUAAGUGCUAUGCUAUAGAUAUUUACCAGCUAACUAAGGAGGCAUACAAAAGCUUUCGCCGCUGCUCAAGAGAAAGGAGCAGAUGAUGAGAUGGGAUGGAGAAGCAGGCGAAGCUUGGACCAGUUAUCAUAUUAGUAGGCAAAGGAAUAAAGGAAUAAUGAAUGGUGCAUACCCCUUUCUCCAGCUAUUUACCCGCAUAUAUGUAUAUACGCAUAUAUAUGUAUAUGCUUAAUCAGUUAUCGGUUACUGUUGAUCUACGUCUUUACCUAAGCUUGAGGGGUACACCGUGGACUAGAGCGAUGAGCAGCGAUGAUAUUUGGAGAAUAACGAAUGGAUGAAUGACUGAAUGGAGAAUGGAGAGAGGAUAAGUGUAGACGAAGAGAUGAUGAAUAUGCCUAAGCUAUGAUUACGAUUACCAUUAAUGAUUACCGAGUGAAUAAGUCUAAGUUUUGAUUUUAGUUAGCCAACUUGCAUCGAACGACAAAACAGAGCAAAAGAAAAGAUACACAUUGUAAACGAUUUUACUGAUAAAUUUUUGAUGAGACUCAUGCAUCAUGAAUCAUACGUUGAUUACGUUAUUAUCUACGUUUAGUAAUUCAUUAUUUACAUUUUGCUUACACUCACACGCGACACACACAACACCACACCACACCACACAACACACGCGACACACACUCACAUCUAACUUAAUGUUUAUAGCCAAAACAGAAGUACACAGAUACGAGUAUAUGGCGUAUAUGUUAUCUAUAUACAUAGCUAUGUCUCCGCUAGUCCCAGAAGUUAGGGUUACUUCUAUUAAUUAGAUAUAUACGAGUAUACAUUUAUAUAUAUAUAUUGAUAUAUUGUUUGGAACCAUUGUAACAUUUUAUCAGUUGGUCUUGUUUGAGCGAAUGGUUUAUUUUUUUUAUACACAAAUAUUUUAUUAAAGUGGAUUCUCGUACUUAGUUCACGACAUAAGGGAUCCCUUACACACGGAACAUACACGCAGACCAACUGCCCUUACCCUUGGCCACAGCCAAGACCACAACCCCACCCACCCCUACACCUGAGUAUAUCCUUCAUUUAGAUACUUAUGAGAAUAACUUAUAUAUUUUAAAAUUGCAUUUGUUUCCACGCGAUGAAUGGCAAUUUUCUCAGUUUGAUGGUUUCACGUCUAUUUCAAGAAGCAAAGAAAAGAAAAGUACACGAAGAAAAGGAGAAUUAUUCUUAAUCAAAGUUAGUGCAUUGCUAAAGCAACUAAACUCUAUCCUUAUAAAGCGUAGGUGGACACGGCUACAGCUCAGCUCAGCUCAUAAGACAGACACUAUCCAAUGUUAAAUUUACAACUCUGUAUAUAAGCCUACAAAGAAUGUAUUCUACACUUACCAAAACACACACAAAAUACACUCUAUAUACAAAAAGGUGCCAUAACACUAUAAUGAAAAAAUAAACACACUCACACACGAAAUUCUACGAGGUUUAGGACAACACAAAUAGGCAUUUAAAAACAGAUUCUAUUAUGUUAAACUGUCUCUCAAUUUAUAAUGCUACCACCCCUCUGUAUAAUGAUGCUCAUUAUCGAUUUUGGUUUCCUUUAUUACGCACAAACAAAUGAUUUACGAAGAGUCGUCCUGAUUUAUUUGAGAAGCAUGUUAUUUGAUCCCUAAUUCAUAACAUCAUCCAUUGGCAACUGAAGAAGAGGAGGAGGAGGAAUAAUCAGUAGUCUUAAGAGCGUGCACGCGAUAUCUAAAUGUGUGCGCAUAAAUAGAGAGAGAUAUAAAUAUAAAUAUAUAUAUAUAUAUAUACAAACUACUCUAGGCCUAAGAAUUAAGUUUAGAAAUGCGAAUGAAUAUUCACACUUAACUGCAAGUAAUAUUCAACUCUUUUUUUUUUUUCUUAUUUUCAACUUUUAUUUGAGAACAAAACUGCGCCCGCCUUUCACAAACAAACACACAGACUUACACUCACACGCCCAAAACUAACGAUCGAUUUCAAUAUUAUUUGUCAUAGAAUAGAAUACUAAACGGCAAACGAUACCUUUGUUUCUCUUUAAGUUAGUGCUGAUGAACACACUGUGAAUGAAAUGAACCGAACAAUGUUUUCCCGUAAAACGAAACUCAUCCAAAAUCAAAAUAACGAAAGAGAAGAAGGAGAAGGAGAAAAAUUAACUCUUAAACUGAAGACUUUCUACCGAAAUGUAAAUGAAAAUGUAACAAAAAUACGAGAAAGAAAACUAAAACUGAAAACCAAUAUAUAUAUAUAUAUAUACAAACAUACAAAUAUGUAAACAUAUACUUUGUUUCUAUGAAAACAAUCGAAUAUGCUAAGUGCCUAUACUAACUAUUAUAUUAUGGUGUGACACGCAAGUACAGUCAGACCACUGAGCCAAGAACCAAAACUGUGUCCUCCCUCCCUCCCUCAAUCACACACACACACACUCCCCUUGCUCGCACAGAAUCAUGCUCCCACACUCAAUCACUCAACUGCCUCUAGGAUCUAACUUAACCUCACAGUGAAAUGAAAACAAACAAACAAACCAACAAACACUCAUUGAAUCAAACCAAUGAUUCAUUCAUUCGCCCAACUGAUAUUUGACCAGACGGCGCGGGGGGCUUUCCUGUCACUGGUUUAGGGGUCGAUGCGAUAGAUAGGGAGACACAGCCACCCCCACACAUAUUAUACCUUGCUCAGUGGUUCGUCGUGUACUCGGGACACUAAAAAUUUAACUUUAAAUAAUUCAUAGUUUAUAGUUUGUAUCUUCCCCAUUUGAUGAAAGACGCAACCCAACCCUCUCCCUAACUAUCAUCCAACCCAACCCAAUCCCCAUACACCCCAGACAUUAGUUUCGAACGUUCUCAAAUGAUUUUGUUGUGCUCAUCACUCACACUGUCGGCUGCCACAAUAGCAAACACAGACAGAGAACACUCUACAGUGGAACCUCAGUAGGGCGGACACCAACUUGGACUGCGGACUGCUUUAGGUGAAAAUGUUAGAGCGGAAGAUUGAUCGGUUGAGCGAGCGUGCGGCUGUGCGGCUGUUGUUGGUUGGGGAGCUGGAUGCGAGGCAGCCCCGUUCUUCCGGCAAUGAGAUGUGAUAUUAUGCAACUGACGGAUCGUCAAUUGUGUGCGACAAAAAAAACAAAAUGAAAUAUACGGAAAAACGACUGCCCAAUUGGGUUUUCCUCCAGCAGCAGACACGUCCAGACAUGUUCACACCUAGACACAACACACCACACACACAAACACAGAGAGAGAGACACGCAGAGAAAGAGAACAGUAGAGAGAAGCGAAGCGAAGAGAAUGAGAGUAGUAGGGUAUAGAGAAAGUAAAGAAACAUUGUUGAUGUUGAAUAAUUUUAAGGCAAUACAAUAAAUUAAAUUAAAUUGUUACAUUGUAAACCUGAGUUCUUAAGUUAUUUAUUUUUGUAUGAUUAAGCAGCGCAUAUGACACCUUGUUAUAUUUACAAAAUAAUACGAUUAGAAAUUGAGCAGGCAUGCCACGCCCAUAGCUAGCAUCCCCCCCAUACUCAGACCCACACAAACACACACAAGAAAGGAAGCAUCUUUAAAUUACACAUAAUGGAAUGACCCUCGGCCACACCAAUCAAAUGUACAUACUAUAUGCCAGAGGGUCUAUUCUAUGCCCUGGUUCUAUUCUAUCCUCAUGUCAUGCUUUCAUCGCCUUACCAUUGACCAUUCUUUAUGGCACUGCCAGCAGAUAAGUUUAUUUUUCCGUUUCCUCUUUUAAUUUGUGAAGCUUUGCUUCUGAAGAGCGUGGGGCACCCAUACCUAUAAUAUCAUCUUUCAUGAACUAUAUUUUAAUGGCUAGAGAUCAGGCGUUCCUUUAUUUACCAUGGGUUAAGUCUCUGCUUUUAUGUACUACCCAUAAGCUGCAAAUGAAAGCUAAACAGAAGAAUGCUUACGCACAUUGUUAUCACUAGAAAAAGCUACAACAAGAACAAGAACAACAAAAUCAGCACCAACCUGUCUGUUAAAAAAAAGAAAACAAAAAUGCAAAUAUGUAAUUGAGUAAUACAUAUAUAAAAAGAUAUAUAUAUAUAUACUUACAAAAAGAAGAAUAUGUACGUGUAAUCAACUGUAAUUGUACCGAAAUUGAUAACUGUAAAGCGACAAGAAAACAAAAUGGUUUAUAAAAUUGCAUAUGAUUAAAACUAUAAACUAACUAUAAAAUCAUACAAUAUCCCCCCUCCCCCCUCUCGAUGCAGCAGCGAAAGCCACACAACCAACCAACAGAGAUAAUGCAUAAUUGAGUGUCUGUAAUAUGGCAUACAUAAAUAAAAUAAAAUAUAAAUAUUAUAAUAAAACGGAGCAAAAAAAAAAUUAUAAAAAUACAAACACUGAGAAACAACCAAAACACGAAAAGGCGUAAUUCAUUUCCCCCUAUCUAUAUAUAUAUAUAUAUAAAUAAUAUAGAUAUAUAUAUAUAUAGAUAUAUGGUUAAGAGUGAACAAUUUGUACGUAAAAAUCACCCACACGAUGAUAAUGGUGUUGUUGAAGAAGAAACCUGUACUCGUAAUGAAAAUAUAGCAAAAAGUUUAAAUAAAAUUUAUACUUACGAGCUAAAAACUAACACAAAUACACAGAGAGGGAAAACAUUUCAUGACCACAAAACACACACACACACAGCACACCAUACACACAACACACGAUUAUUUUAUUUUAUUGUAUGUAUCAUAUAAACGAAAAGAAAAUCAAAUAAUAAAAGAAAAGAACAAGGAGAGAACAACAAGCGGGCGUAAUGUAGAUUAAAUGUAGAUAGCAGAAAGAAAAAACAACACAAGAAACAUGUCAAACAAUAAAGCGAGCGAUAACCAGCAAGAAAAGCUGUA